ACAGUUAAAAUUAUUGAAUUCAAAAGUGGCUUCUCGUCCCAUCCAAAGUGGGCCUACAAUCAUAGCAACUUUCUGUGCUUCCCCAUGGUAAUCCCUCUCUUCUUCUUCCUCUUCUUCAGAAUCCCUAAAUUAGCUUACCCCUCAUAUCAUUUUACAUAGCUUAAAAUUCCGUCAUAUUUACACUUUUUUCCUUUACCAGUGACAUUUACAAAAUCACCGUUUCUUGACUUUGUUGGCUGUGGAUUUUUCCGAAUUUUUGUCAAUUCCCCACAUGGGAAAAUCUAUUUUAGCAUCUGGGUGUGGAUGAUUUUAAGCUUCUUCAAGCUAAUUUUGUUGUUGGUAAAUGGAGUUUGUGUUGAAUUUAUGAGAGAAAUAAGAAGAAGAAGAAGGGAAAAAUGCAAGAGGUCUAAUUUGCAAUUUUUUUUCCCCGAGAUAUGGGUAACUAUUGCUCACUAGGAGUCCUGUAUUGCAAGCCCCAAUUUGAGCAGCUCUUCAAGGAGAAAAGCGGUUUCACAAAGAAAUUCCAAACAACCUUUUAUCUGGGAACAAACCAAAUGGAUUGGUGAUUUAGAAUUUUCCAUUUUCUAUCAUAUUUUCUUGAGAAAAUGGAAGCGAUUCGGGCCUCAUAAUCAUCCGACGAGGUAUCGAUAGAGCGGUGCAAGAGCUUCGAAAAGGCCUUGUAGGUUUAAUUUUUCUGCGUUUUCUUGCUCUUUUACAAAUUUGUGUGAUUUAUGAAUUAGAUCUAAUAAAAGUCUGAAGUGUGA